UGGACAAUGGACAUACAUCAUCGACAGUAUUAGAGGCAUUAUGGAGUUGCGAGAUAUAAAUUACAAUAAAGGAGAUUAUGUCGAAACUGCUUCAGGAAACAAAGUAUGUCGACAAACAGUACUAUGUGGAUCUCAAAACAUAAUUCUACAAGGAAAGGUUAUUGUGCAGUCGGAGGCAAUAAUUAGAGGCGACUUAGCUAAUGUCAAGACAGGAAGAUAUUGUAUUAUUAGCAAGGAAGCUGUUCUCAGACCACCUUAUAAAAAGUUCAGCAAAGGAGUGGCAUUCUUCCCUCUCACAAUGGGCGAUCAUGUAUAUGUCGGUGAGAAAUCCCUGGUUAAUGCUGCAAUUGUUGGCAAUUAUGUUUAUAUUGGAAAAAACUGCGUUAUUGGGCGCAGAUGUACUCUCAAGGAUUGCUGUGUUAUUGAAGAUAAUACUGUUUUAGCCCCGGAAACAGUUGUUCCUCCUUUCACAAGGUAUGGGGGUUCACCGGGUACAUGUGUGGGUGAUUUACCAGAAUGCCAAGCAGACUUGAUGGUUGAUUUUACUAGAAGCUACUACCAGCACUUCCAGCCUAACAAGCUAAUAUAGUUUAACAUACAUUUACUCUAUUAUAUUUAUACUUUAACCGCACUUUAUUUAUAUUUUUAUUCUUAUUUUGAAGCCUAUCAAAUAAA